CGCGUCACGCGAAUACGUGUCUCAUACCAGUAGCGGACAAGGCAUAACCACGAUCAAGUCCUCGCAGUCGCCUCACUACCUCAGUGACUCAGUCGCCUGCCUCAGCUUCUCAAGUGUAAACCCGCCUCGUUAGCUGUGUCUCAUGCAACAGCUCAGUGCCUCCCUAGAAACCUAGACUUUUUGAUUAAAGAGACUUAUAAUUGGUUUUCCCACUCUGCUAUCCGCCAAGCUAGAUACAAGGAAAUAUUUUCUCUGAUAAAUGAUGGUCAAGCUCCACUUAAAUUAAUUCACCUGAGUCAGACUCGAUGGCUUUCAGUUGAAUCGGCAAUAGUCAGAAUUUUGCAACAAUGGCUUGAACUUAAGACUCACUUUGGCAUGGCAAGACAUGGUGAAAAGUGUUACACAGCUGAGAUCCUGUAUGGAAUGUUUUGUGACAAGGAAAACUAUGCAUUCCUUGUAUUUCUGAAACAUAUUCUGGGAGAAGUUCAGCGAGUUAAUAAGAAAUUUGAAGCAGAGGUACAAGAUCCAACGAAACUACUGAGUGACCUUCAUCUUAUUGAUUCUAUGAAGUCAAAGGUCCUCAUCCCAGGUAAAACAUUAAAGGCAGGGGAGUUGAUUGAAAGCUACUUGGACCCACGUCCUUACUUGGGAUAUGAGUUUGAAAAGGAGAUGUCAGAAUGCAAAUUUCCUCAUGAAAAACAAAUAAGACAAAGAUGUGUAAGUUUUGUUGUGGAGCUAAUCAAACAGCUUGAACAACGUCUGCCUGACAAUGUUCAAGUCUUGCAGUCAAUGUCCUUACCGAGUGCAGGUGAAUGCUUGCAACCCAUAAAGCCUGGAAUAAUAGAUCUAGCAAAGAUGUUCACUGAGAGUGAUGAAAUUUUGACACGAAUUGACUUCCAGUGGAGAAAUCUACAUAAAAUACUGUGGAAGAAAAAUACUGACACAUCAGAACUCUGGGCUGAAAUAUCUUCGCACACAGAUGCAACUGGAGAAAACCCCUUCAGUGAUCUUGCAGAAUUGGCUUUGACUGUCCUAACACUACCUCACUCGAAUGCAGAUGUGGAACGCAUCUUCAGUCACAUGAAUAUCGUGAAGUCAAAGCUACGAAAUCGGCUGAGUAUCAAAAGCUUAAAUGCGUUGCUGACUAUUAGAUAUGGACUACGAAGAAAUGAAAGCUGCUGCUAUGAUUACAAACUGCCUAAGGAAGUACUUCAAAGUAUUGGAACACUUAAAGCAUACGAGUCAUCACAAUCUCCAGCAGGAUGCUCACACACACAACCACAGCAGAGUGCCGCCACAGACGAAGAGAUUGGAGACUGGGAGCUGGCAGAUUUGGAGUAAAAGUGAGUAUUUUGCUGUGAAUCCAUUAUAUUUUAUGCUACAUAUAUUUCAGCAUUAAAAGUUAGGUGAAAGGACAAUUAAUAGGGAUACUACACAACUUUGCGAAAUUUAGCACUUUU